CCGUGCUGUUAUUGGCUAGAAAGCCACCGCCGCUGGGGCGAAGAUUAAACUUCACUUUUUGCAAAAGGGAAAUGGAUUUUGCAGCCUGCCUGCGCCCCCUUUAUGCCCAGACAGCAGCAUAGUAAUCCAGCAGAUGGGGAGAGCUCUCUCUGCUGGAUUUCUUCCUCUUGUCAUGAUGCAGCUCUGAAAGAGGCCCAGGCCCCCUGCUAGGGGAAUAAAAGAAUAAGUGGCUGGCCAAAAUAGACUACUGUGAGGAUGCCUGGUACCGUGCUUGGAGUGGGACCAGGAGUAUUCAUUUUAGCACUACUCUGGGUACUAACUUUGCUGCUGUGUGUGUUGCUAUCCAGAGCUUCUGGACUUGCUAGGUUUUCUGUCAUUCUGGUUUUCUUUGCUGCUGUGAUCGUCACCUUGGCUCUCUUGUUUUUCCCUCGUGCCAGCGAGUUCCCAGGACCAGCUACAGAAGUUAAGAUUGUGGACACCUUCUUCAUCGGCCGUUAUGUUCUCCUCUCCCUCGUGAGCUUGGUCUUCCUAGGAUGCUUGUUCAUCAUUCUGGUUCACCAUCUCCUGCAGCCAGUAUAUGCAAAGCCAAUAAGAGUCCACUCCUAGGAGAACAGAAUACCAGCCACUGGUGCUGCCCUGGCACAGAGAAAACACUUGCUAAUCAACAUGAGAGAGAAAUUAAUUUUUUUGAUAAAGCAGCAUGUACUGUAUUGUUAAAAACAAUUUUUAUAUAUUGUUAAACAAUAUUUUACAUUGUUAAAAACAUAUAUAUAUAUUCUUUGUAUUAUAUUAUUUCUAUGAUAUUCUGAGCUUUCAGUAUAGGGAAAUUCAGCUUAAUAAUAACAUUAAAUAUAUGAGUUCUAAGGCUGCUUUGUGGGGAGAGGCCAAAGGAGGCACAACUGCCUCUGCUUCCCGAAGCUGUGUUUGUUCCUCUCUCUCCCAUCCCAGCCUAUCCCAGCAUUAAUGAGAGCUGUGCUAUACAUCAAAUAGAGAUAACCGCACAGCUCUACCUGAUGAAUUGCCAGCCUGCAGGCAGCGCAUCUAUAAUUAAUGGUGGAGUGGGAGAGAGAGGUGCAAAAAGAGCUUUCGGAAGCAGAGGCAGCUGUGCCUCCCCCUGUUCAUUAGGAGGAGCCGCUCCUGUUUUUCAGGUUGUGGUUCUCCUUCACCUCGCUUGGAAAAUAUCUUUAUAGGUAGGUGUGUUUGCAGAGCAAAACAGGUAGGGUGUAUUGAUUCUGGUGCCAUGACAACUGCUGUGUUGAUCUCUACCCCUUAGCCAAGAUGGUUUGCUAAAUAAAUAGAACUUUUCACACGUUAAAA